AAAUGGAUGUUUCCAUCGACUCACCCUGCACCAUUCGAGCAACAGACUUGGAGUUUUAGUGAGCUUUGCGGUGAGGUUCAAGAAUGUGUUCUUAAAAGUGUAUAAGAUUUAUGCGAAAUGAAGUGGAUUGUUGCAGUGGCCGUAUUGUGCCUUAAUUUGGCUGUGGGUUUGAAAGCAACUUCGCACAAACUUACUGUUCCGUUGAAAAAUUGUUCAAAAGUUGACAAGGCCCUGAAAAAUGGAUAUUGGGAAGUGGAUAAUCUUGGGGAGUCCAUAGAAUUUUGGUGCCGAAAAGGGUUCAGGCUGAAACGAAAGAAGAAUGGACCUCAAUAUUUGGAGUGUGUGAACAAUCUCAUUAUCGGCAAUUGGCCUCGCUGCAGGCCAAGAAAAGUGAAAACUGCCAAAUCAAUGAUCAAGUCGCUGAUAAACCAACAUCACCACGAAAUCCAAGCAGAUGAAGCUCGAGGUUCCGGUGGAGAGGAAAUCCCUGAUCACUGGAUUCCGUAUGGCAACGACAUUGCUCGAGAGGAUGAAGAUGAGAUUGUCAUCUUGGAAACUCAAGAUGGCGAAAAGAUCAAGGAAACUGGGAAAUACAACACGAGGUCGGAAAAUCAAGACCCCGAUCUGAAAAAACAAUACGUUGAUGAAGACGCCGAGGAAGAGUACGACGAGGAGGAGAAAGAGGAUCAAGUGGAUGAAGACGUUGACAACUAUGGUGAUUACAACCCGGAUUAUGAAAAUGAGGGAAGCGCCCGGCCAAGCGGAGACUAUGGUCAAUAUUACGACUAUAAUUAUGAAGGCAGUGGCAGCGAUUACAAGCAGAAUAUAGGGAUUGACGACACUGAAUAUGCCGAAGACAACACAGGAGGAGAUGAUCCAAUGAUAGAGGAGGAACAACAACAAGAAGAUCCGGAGAUAACGGAGGAACAACAUGCUGAGGGUCUGGCGACAACUGAUGCCCCAGCAACUAAUGACGACUCUCUAGAGACUAAUGAGACCGAAGCACAGACUAAUGAAGGUGCGAAAGAUGAUUAUGAUGACUCUGACGAUGAUUAUAAAGAGCCUGAGGAGGAGGAUUAUGUGGAACAAGACGAAUACGAAGAGGAAGAAGAUGAAUCGGAGAGAGAACGAAUCGAAACUGAGGAGGAACUUUUGUACAGGAACUACGAAAUUCUCUCUGACUUUUACAAGAAACAUUUCGUGGACCUUAGAGUCCUGGACACAUCCUGUGUUCCAGAGAAGGUGCCUCCUCCGUCCAUUGCCAAUGGGGGGGUCAAGGAGUAUCAGACUGUGGAGAAUGUUCUUUUGCCUGGAAAACGAUAUCAUGAGGUUAUUUAUCAGUGUGAUCAAGGGUACAAGCUCUCCGACUCCAGCUUGGGACAUAUGUUUUGUCAGCAGCAAGGAUGGAUGGGCGUCCAACCUUAUUGCGAAGAAGAUCCAAAUGCCGCAUCUUCAGCUACACCAAAAGCGAUGAAAGAUUGUCAGGAGAACACUGGCUGUGAGCACCUCUGCAAGUUAGUAGAUGGGAGAGCCGUAUGUUUUUGCAACGAGGGAUACGAUAUCUAUGAUGUCACUUCCUGCGUGGAUAUCGACGAAUGUGCCGAUGGCAAUGGGGGAUGCUCUCACUCGUGCAUAAAUAAGCCUGGGACUUAUACUUGCGAAUGUCCAAAAGGCUACAGCGCCUCUGGGGGAGAUUGCCUCGAUAUCAACGAGUGUGUGGCCAAUAAUGGCCAUGGCCCAUGUCAAGAUACCUGCAUUAACAAAGAUGGAGGCUACGAGUGUACUUGUGAGAACCUCGAAGGCACAGAGUUGCAAGAAGACGGGCACAAAUGCAGUGGGGUAGAUUUGUGUGCGGAAAACAACGGUGGAUGCAGUCAUGAGUGCUAUACGACUUAUGGCCAAUCAUUCUGCAUGUGUCCCGCAGGUUAUAAAUUGGACGAGGAUUGGAAGACUUGUGUGGACGUGAAUGAGUGUGCAACCAUGGCCUCUGUGCGAGAAUCAUGUGCCAAUGGGUGCGAAAACACGAUCGGGUCUUACAGAUGCAUGGAACAAGCCGAUUUGGAGUCUGUGGAGAGUCGGAUCCUUUGUGACUCUGGGUACGAAUUUAAUGAAGAAUCCAAUGAAUGUGUAGAUAUCGACGACUGUUCAGAGGAACCGUGUGGAGCAAAUGGACAAUGCAUGGACAAGGUGAAUGCUUAUUCUUGCGAUUGCAACAAGGGUUUCAGCUUUGAUGGAACCACGUGCGUCGAUAUCGAUGAAUGUGCGGAAGAUGAACUUAGAUGCGGAGAAGGCAUUUGCGAGAACCACCUUGGUUCUUUUGAUUGCAUUUGUAAUCCGGGCUAUGAAUUGAGGGAGGCCAUCUGUCAGGAUAUCGACGAAUGCACCGGAGAUAAAUAUCCAUGUGAUCAAGGGGUAUGCCAGAACAUUCCCGGUAGUUUCGUUUGCGAUUGUGAAGAGGGCUAUGAGUUCAAGAAUGGUGUUUGCCAAGACAUUGACGAAUGCCUAAGCGAUGAAUCCUUAUGCGACUUUGGAUCAUGCAAGAAUCUUCCAGGAUCUUAUGAGUGUAUUUGUGAACAAGGGUUUGAGUUCAGGGAGGGAAGAUGCGAGGACAUUGACGAAUGCGCGCAAGGCAGUUGUCAAAAUGGAAAAUGCUCCAAUUGGGAGGGUUCAUUUGACUGCGAAUGUGAUAUCGGGUUUCAAUGGAGCGAAGAGACCCGUCAGUGCGAGGACAUUGAUGAAUGCAGCCAUCAAGCUUGUGGCAGAGCCCAAUGUGAAAACACUAUUGGUUCAUUUAAUUGCUUGUGCCGUGGAAAUCGAGUUUAUAAUAUUGCUCAAAGGAAGUGCCAGAGAUUGAAUCCCUGUAAACAGAACCCGGAGCUUUGCGGUGCCCAUGGUUAUUGCAACAUGGUGCGGAGUGGGUUUGAAUGUCGGUGCGAUCCUGGAUUUGAGAGCAAUGGCACCGUUUGUAUGGAUGUUGAUGAAUGUGCCAUCGACAACGGGGGGUGCAAACAUAAAUGCGAAAACAGUCAAGGAUCAUUCCAAUGUAUCUGUGAGAGUGGGUACCAAAUCAAUCCCAAUGAUCCGAGAAUUUGCAUUGACGUGGAUGAAUGCGCAGAACUUGAAGACACGUGCAAUCAAAAUUGCAUCAAUACAAUCGGGUCUUUUCGAUGCGAUUGCUCAGAAGGAUACGUUAUCGAUCCGGAGGAUCCCAAAAAUUGCCAAAGCGGUUCGGAGUGCUCUGAUGAAUGUUCGUUUCAAUGCAAAAAUGGCAAAUGUAUCUGCCCUGAGGGAUUUGUCCUUGAUUCUGACAUGAUCACUUGCAUCAAAGAGUCUCCAAAGUUUGACGGUUGUGCGCCUCUUCCUCACUCUGAUGGAAUGGCCCUUCAAUGUUCCAAUGAGCCAGAAAAUGAAGUUUACGAGCGAGGAACAAUCUGCCGAGGCAAGUGCAUUCAGGGUUAUAUUGCAAUGGGGCGGCUGAAGCAAAAAUGCCGCAGGGAUGGAACUUGGAGUGGAUCUGAUGGGUCUUGCCGACAAGUCUUUUGUCCUCCGUUAGAGCUGGCGCCUCACGUACAAGUAAGGCCCGAAAGUUGCUCUUUGGAGCCAAGUUUGGUUCGACAAAGGUGCAAGUUCUCUUGCGAAGAUGGGUUUAACCUUGUCGGAUCCCGUGCCACACGUUGUCGUCGUAAUAACUCGUGGAAACACAAUGGAGGUCCACCAAAAUGUACUCCAGAAGCUCGGAUGACCAAUGCUUUGUCAUUUGUGCCGCUUUCAACAACCUCUAGACCUUAUUCGUCAGAGGUUGUAGGAAGUCAAGAAUCUUACGAGGAUAAAGGAAACCUUUCGCCGACAUCGUACACUGAACCCUACGUGUAUUGCCCUCCAGACAUUGUUAGGGAUCUUCCAGCCGACUCAGCAACAAUCUACGUUCGAAUUCCGCAACCCAAGACCAACGUUAAUUGGUAUGAUUUUGUCAAGGCUACCCCUAAGUGGGCCAAAAGUCUGGAGGGUCAAUUGGGUCUGGGAAAGACUCUGAUCACUUUCCAGGCAUUAAGUCCUAUCACAGAAGAGUCAGCCUCUUGCAGUUUCACUGUCUAUGUCAAAGACACGGUUCCACCCAGGGUGUAUAAUUGCCCCAACGAUUUCAACGUGUAUUUAGACGAAGGUCAAGAAAAACGACAGGUAUUUUGGGAGGAGCCCAUUUUUGCCGACAAUGUCAAGAUCAAGCAUGUUAUGGCAUCUAAAAUGCCUGGUCAAUUAUUCGAAGAGGGCAAGCAUAACGUCCUUUACCAAGCCUCCGAUGAUGAUGGUAACCAAGCCAAUUGUCGAUUCGUUAUUAAAGUUUAUCCGGCUCAGCAAUUAGAAAUCAGGCGAAGAAAAUGGGUCAUAUGUCGAGUUGGAACCACAGGCAGGUUAAUCAAGCUUUUUGUGGCACAUGUUCCUAGAGGAUGCUGGGUCUUGCCUCAAAUUCAUUGAAUCGUGUCAAAAAUGUAAUUUAUUCAGUAACAUUGUACAGAGAAGCCAAAUAGAAACUAAUACAACCAAGCCAAAACUAUGCUCGCGAAAUAAUGGCAUCCCUGAGACCCUGACGACCCUGACCAUUAAUGGACGUGUCUUUUUAAACCGCGAAAACGGUUAAGGAUGGAGGAAGAGGACAAGCAAUGUUUAGAACGGUGGGAGGAAAUUCAACGUUCCCUAGAGUUGGAAGAUUGGUUCCAACAACAUCAUGUCUCGUCUAGUAUCCCUCAGGAGAAGAUCAACUCACCUAACACUAUUUUGCGUGCUAGAGAGGAUGCAAUUGAGGCAUUUAAAAUCAAGAAGGCCAAGCUAAAGAGAGAUCUGCUAGAUGUCCAGUUGAAAGCCUUGGAAGAUUCCUGUCCCAAGCUUGAGUCUCAUGAGAUUAAGUUGGCUAAGAUCAGAUAUUGGCAAUACGAAAUAUCCCAACUAGAGCAAGAGAUUCGGGAAGCUUCGCUUGAAGCUUUCCGGUGGAAGAAGACCCAAGAAAAUCUCCAAGCACGACUCAAAGCUGUGGAAUUAGAAAAGAAAAAGAUUGAGCGCCAGCAAAUCCAGAUUUCAGAGUGUGCCAAGGCUAGAAUUGAAAGUGUCGCUGCCAUGAAGAAAGACUUCUUGGAAAGCAAUCAGAGAAUAAGUUAUUGCGUUGGAAUGGCCAAAGACUUGCGUUGGAAAGGUGUGACUGUUUUGGGUCAAUUGCGGGAAGAAAAUACCAAAUUAUCCGACAUUAUUGCUGUCACCGACGAUCUUCAGAGGCAAUUGGAUGAAGAUGAAUCUCAUGAAGAUCCGGAGUUGGCCAGAUUUGACUCCGAAUUGGCUGAUUUAAAUACUAAGAUUGAGUUGUUGGAGGAUCAGGAUUUCCUUCUAAGAGAUGAUUGGGACAGAGCUCAUUGUUACCACAAGGAUUUAUUUCAGUAUAACAUUGCACAAUUAGAUGACAUCAUCAAUCAUCUAACCCACGAGAAGAGACAAAAGACGAAACAAUUCAACAAUGCAGAUGUUCAAACCGAUCCGUUGUGCUCCAAAGAGGAACAAAUUCGAAAGAUGUGCGAGGAUAUUGCGCUAGAGAUUUGCAACAUGGCAGCGUUUCAAAAUUAAGAUAAUUACUAAAAUGUAAGUCAGUCAAAACUGACUGGCAUAUCGAAAUACUCAUCGUCGUCUCCAGUGGAGUUGACCGGUACGAAUGGUCGGAUUUCGUUCCUCCAUUUUGAAUAAACCGAUUCUACGAUUUUGA